CUCCUCUGCUGUCCUCGCAGAUUGCCAACAUGCUCUACCUGGAGUCUCCCGCUGGUGUUGGCUUCUCGUACUCUGAUGACAAGAAGUAUGCCACAAACGACACAGAGGUUGCUCACAACAACUACCUGGCACUGAAGGAAUUCUUCCGGCUCUUCCCAGAGUACUCCAAGAAUGAUCUCUUCCUCACAGGGGAGAGCUAUGGGGGGGUCUACAUCCCCACGCUGGCAGAGUGGGUGAUGCAGGACCCCAGCCUCAAUCUGAAGGGAAUCGCUGUGGGAAACGGCCUCUCAUCUUAUGAGAUCAAUGACAACUCCCUGGUUUACUUUGCCUAUUACCACGGGCUGCUGGGGACCGAGCUCUGGAAGGACCUGCAGGCCUUCUGCUGCUCCCAGGACAAGUGCAACUUCCAUGACAACUCCAACCUGAACUGCACGCUCAAGAUGGGGGAGAUGAUUCAGAUUGUCGAGGAGUCUGGCCUCAACAUUUACAACCUCUACGCCCCGUGUGAUGGUGGUGUCCCUGGGAGCAUGAGGUACGAGGGUGAUUAUCUCAUCACACAUGACCUGGGCAACUCCUUCAUCCGGAUGCCGCUGAGGUACUCCUGGCGGCAGAACCUGUUCCGGAUGCCAGUAGCCCGGAAGAAGGUCCGUAUGGACCCUCCAUGCACCAACUCCACAGCCCCUAGCAUGUAUCUGAACAACCCGGAGGUGCGGAAGGCUCUCCACAUCUCCCCCGAGGCCCCAGAGUGGCAGGUGUGCAGCUUUGAGGUGAACCGCGGAUACAAGCGCCUCUACAUGCAGAUGAAUGAGCAGUACCUGAAGCUGCUUGGAACCACGAAAUACCGGAUCCUGGUGUACAAUGGGGAUGUCGACAUGGCCUGCAACUUCCUUGGGGACGAGUGGUUUGUGGACUCCCUGUGCCAGAAGGUUCAGGUGGCUCGCCGGCCCUGGCUCUACACUGAAAAUGGUGAGAACCAGAUUGGGGGCUUCGUGAAGGAAUUCACCAACAUCGCCUUCCUCACUGUCAAGGGAGCUGGCCACAUGGUGCCCACGGACCGUCCGCUCGCAGCCUUCCCCAUGUUCUGCCGCUUCAUUAAGAACCAGCCUUACUAG